CGUCCCGUCACUUAAAGUGCGGGCUACGAGUUGAAAGGAUGUGUUUGCAUUUUGCUACUGUUUCGCGGCGUUCACCUUCAGUCUGUUGUUGGAGUGUUUGAGGCGGUGGACUCAGAAAGUGAUUUGUGUCUGCCUUGCUGCAGUGCAGAGUCAAUGGGAAGGACGUUGUCAGACACAGAAGAAAGCGGGAGAGCAUAAUAAACUAAGUGAUAUUAGUGCGGUGUGAUAGAUGGUCGCUUUUGGUGGAUUGAACCGCUUGAUUGGUAUUAAGUGGAAGAGUGGAAAAUUGGCAUGAAAUUGAAGAUUUCGUAGACGUUCGGCGGAUAUCGGAAUCAAUCGAGUGAGAGGAAGAAUCGCGAUUCGAUAGAGGGAAUUCUUACUGAUUGUUAUUUUGUACAUGUGAUGCGUACUAAUUGUGUAAAUAAGUUAGUGGAUCAGAAAGCUGCACUGUGCUCUGCUGGUGAUUCGGACAAAUUGUUGUGAACAGAUAUUUUUGUGAGAUUUCAAACAUCCUGUACUGGUUAAGCGUAUACCAACUGAUUUCUAAAUUGUAGUAUUGAUAGGGCAUUAAAAUAAACGUCAUUUUAUCACCCGGAAAUUAAUACAGCAUUCCGAUUCAUAACGGAAGAAAAAGUUCAGUGAAAUAUUGUAAUAAUAAAAAUAAAAAAAAAGACUGUUAGUGAUACUCUUAAACAUUUAGUAAAAAGUAGCGAGAGAAUAACAGAAAUUCUACGAUAAUUAAAAUACAGUGUCAUUCAACCAACUAACAUUUUGUUGAUGCACGCAACAAGCGAACUUACACCGACUGCAGUGCUGGAAUCUACCGGAAAAUUUGCUCCAUUUUCUUCACUCUCAAUAAUGUUUCUGUAAGGCACACGCUACAUUUUCCAACUGAAACGGGAAAAUAGAAGAAUAGACUUGUGUUACGUACGAUACUGAGAGUGUUUUCAUACCCCGGCUCCGACAGCCAGGCUGUAUUCAAGUGCAGAAUAGCAAAGGAUAAAAAAAUAUCAUAACAUAUCCCAUACAAUCAAAUAAAAUCACUUUACACACUUUGCUCUAUAAACGGAGUAAUAACAUCACAUACCGCGUGCUGUCGUUUUUGCUCCGACGGAAGUCAGAAGCUGUGCCGAACGAAUCCGUGAGAGCAACUGAAGGUGCCCCUAUGAAGCGGCACACGACACGUUAAGCCGUGUGGCUGAGCAGUAAGAGAGGUGAAUUCAACACCCACCCACCCAGCGAGCUAGUCUCGUUUCACCGACAGUGAAUUGUGUUUUUAGGUGAAAAGCGCGCACGCCGGCUUCCGUCGUCGGUUUGCCCCGGUGUGUAACCGUCAGCACCUUUUUGCUUCCGCUUUCCGCACUCAUUCGUUGUUUUUCCAGCCGAUAGAGCGACUGCUACGGAAAGGACAUUUCCCUGCCGAACCCGAGAGCCGUGACGCAAGAGAUAGAGGCAAGAGAGUGGGAGAGUGAGAUCAAGCACGAAAAGAGGCAAAGGGCCGACGGUGUAGCAGAACUCCAUUAAAUCCAAGCGAAAAUACGCAGCAAAAAACUGAAGUUAAAUAACACAGGAAAGAGAGUGGAAUUAACGAGCGGGUUUCACUUUGCGAGCAAAAAAAGAGAGCGAAUCGGCAAUACAGAGGCACACCGAGCUCGUAUAAUCAAUUGGCAAACUGGGCACCCAUGGGACACCGAAACGCCGAGGGGCUGGACAUGAGCAUCCAGUGAAAACCUUAACCUUCGGUGACGUCAAGCGUCCGGUGUCAGGAAUGCACAGCACUGAAAAUGUUGCUGUGGAACCGAUCAACGAUCACCCAAUCAAUGUGCAACCAAAUCGAACCCUCAACACCGCCAGUGUUACAACUAUGGGACACACGACAGUUACACCGAACGCACCGGCAAUCCAAUCAUCGGUUUCGUCCGCCCCAAACCUCAUGGGCAAUACCGGCCUUGCCAAGGAUUGCGCCGGUUGCGGGAAACGCAUUACCGAGCGCUUCCUGCUGAAAGCCCUGGACCUAUUCUGGCACGAGGAUUGCCUCAAGUGCGGCUGCUGUGAUUGCCGGCUCGGCGAAGUCGGCUCAACCCUGUAUACUAAAGCGAACCUAAUACUGUGUAAGCGAGACUAUCUGAGACUGUUCGGAACCACCGGAUACUGUGCAGCGUGCAACAAAGUGAUACCGGCGUUCGAGAUGGUGAUGCGUGCCAAAAACAACGUGUAUCAUUUGGAAUGCUUUGCCUGUCAGCAGUGCAAUCAUCGGUUUUGUGUUGGUGAUCGAUUCUAUCUAUGUGAUAAUAAGAUUUUAUGUGAAUACGACUACGAGGAACGGUUAGUGUUCGCUAGUAUGGCGUGCAAUCCAUCUAGUUUAGCUCAUAUACGGAGGCAAGUUAGUAAUUUACAGCCAGCCGGAGAAAGUCUCAUCAGUACUACUGGCAGCGGACGUCUGCCGCCAGCCAUUAAUCGAUCUGCAUACGUAGCAGACAAAUUGGGACUCGGGCAACAGCAGCAACAACUACCACAGGGUCCCCCGCAGCCGCAGACUCCAUCAGCACCAACCAAUCACCAAUCACACCAUCAGCCACAACCCCAGCAAUCACCGCAACAUUCUCAGCAACCUGCAAGCGCCAACCAUCCGCAAAAUUCAGCACAGCAACAGCAUCAUCCCAGUAAUCUAGGUCCCCACAGAGACGAUGGCUCUAGCGGCUACGGAAGUCCCGACUCCGAAACAUUUGAAACCCCAUCCUCCCAAUGACGCCCAGCACCAUGAUUCUGUGAGGCCACCUAAUAGCGUUUGCUGCGCGUUUUUCAUUAUUUCACUUGAUUAAAACAGACAGAUGAGAGAUGCACCUAACCUGAAACAAACUUAUUUUUUACAAUUGCAAUCCUCAGAAACAAUUCUUCAAUAUUAUCAAUUCGCAUAUUAUAAUCAAUGGUAUCGGAUGAAUAUUUGAUCAAAAUCGACGUUAAACAUAACAACCGUUAGAAUCAUUCACAAUGAUCAUUUUGAAUUGUGAAAUUCAAACCAGUUUUCACAAAAAAGAAAUCUCGUCGUUUCAACGUAAAACUUCAUUUCAAUUCACAAAUAAUUCAUAGGUUUCGCAAAUAUGUGGGGAGAUUCUAAUGUAUAUUUUUAUGAACGAUGUUGUUGUGCAUCUGAAUUUUGGAUACUCACAAACAAAUGCUCACAAAAUAAAACAGAUUCUAGUGGAUUAAUUCUGAUCUUAGCAAAUAAAAUUCAUGCGAAGGGUAAUCUGCUUAGUGAAGACAUUUAGGCCUUGAAUUUCUGAUUUCUCAUCAGGUCGGAAGUUUUACAUAAUUUGCUAUGUAUAGCAAUAUUGACAGAAUGUUUCAAACCAGGAAACCUAAAUGUGAACCAGUAUCACAGACUAACAGACAUGACAGUAUGAGUAAAUUCUAAUAAAAAUUAUUUUUCGUGAUGCACUAGUUCCACCUAUAUUGUACUGCGCGAACUAUUUACUAUCUGUACACCCCUUGUGUUAUGUAAAAGUUUUUUUACUAGUUGGUUUCCCCUCGUUUGUCAACACCGAUCAGCUGCUUGCAGGGAUGCCUGAUUUCAUCAAAAUAUUUGAAAAUGAAUCGUCACAAUGAUUUAUUGGAUUACGUUGAUAAUAUAUUUAACUUUUUCUUGAUGUUGGAGGGUAACCAUUUAUUCGACUCAAAUUUGUUCAUCUAGACUAUUUUUUAUUGUGUUGGUAGUUUUCACCCGAAAUUAAGUGGCGGCAGACCAGAAGCAAGUAAAUAUUGUAACAAAACGGGUUCGAUUUUUUAUUGAGUUGGAGGAUGAGAAGUAGGCGCAAUUAUGUAUAUAGUUUAGGCAAUAUCAAAGAUAAACUCAAGAUAGAGUAGUCUGCGAUUUCUUAGGUAUCAUUUGAAUAGGACCCCUCGAUGAGCUCGGUUCACUGUCAAUUUGAGUAUUUUGAAGCAAAACAACAAGUGUCUGAUCACUAGAUGCGUCGUAACUAUGACAAUGAUUGUUUAUGUUUGGAAAAAUAUCAAGUUACAGUAUGAACGAUAUUGAGAAAUUUCGCUUUAUAUCAGUGAUUCUUAGAAUAAGAAAGUGAAAACUACUUAGAACCAUUGUCUAGAAUUUAUUUAGUUUGUUAUAGCCUCAUCCCAUGAAGCAUCAGUUGUGGCAAGAAAUCAUUAUAUGUUGAAUGUAAACAUAUGUGUGCUUCCUUUCUAACUUGUAUUGUUUCCAUGGCAUUUUGUCGGAACUAGUCGACGCUUGUUAACGGAGGGUCAAUAAAAUUACAUUAUUACUGAACCAACUGGUUCACGAUUACUGACCCAACAUUUUUCAAUGAAACGUAUGGAACAUUGUAAUCUUCAGUUUAUCUUUGGCAAUAUGUAUUAAAUCUGUAUCCUGCAUGAAAUUCGCAUGGACGUAUACAAAUCAAUACAUUACAGGUAAUUCUGUAUGAAUGGCAACUCUGUUGGUAAAUGAAAAAAAUAAAGACAGUCUAGAUGACAGACAUGAUGUUUUUGAUAGGGUAACGUGGCGCCAUCAUGACACAUGUGAGUACUGUCCCAAAUAAUGGAAUAUUCGAAAUGACCGUUAAAAUGAUUGAAGAAUCAAAUUUGAGUUUCCUGUCUGUUAGUCUGUGCCAGUAUGUUGUACUUCAUUUCAAUAAUGUUUAUUUCAACAUGCCUUGAAAAAUCAAAAUAUCUUGAUCAAAAUAAAAUUAUGUUAAAAUCAUAAUGAUAAAAACAUUUUUAGAAUAUCUACUAAAUUCUAAAACUUUGUUCUAUAUGCUCUGUACAUCAUCGUAUUUUCUUAGAAGUGAGUUGCUGCAAAUGUUGGAACUAACAAAAUGUUGUCACCUUUUAAACGCAUUUUCCACCAGAUGAAAUUUCAAUGGAGGAACAUCACUGGUGGUUGUGUCAUAUUUGCACUUCAGACUUAGCUACAAGGGUAAAAUCAAAUGAAGUCAGUUUUAUGCCAAUCGUUUUUGUCUUACACCUUUUCAAUUUCAACUUUAUGAGGCCUACUAGAAAGACUGUAAGAAGUGCUCUGGUGCACAGCAUGCCAUAUGGCGUUUUCGUUUUUAAUUUGCACUACACCGGUGCAGUGCUACACUGAGGCAUGAAUAAACGAACAAAACUGACGAAAACAUAAACAGUAACCAUUGACUACAAUAAACGAUUCCAUUGCACAGAGCUACACCAAACUUUUGAUGAGUGCUACACCAGUGGUAUCGGUGCAGAAAAAGUGUAGCACUGGUGUAGUGCAAUUGGCAAAAACGAACGGAUUCAGUGCACCUUUCGCUACACCGGUGUAGUGCAAUUUAAAAACGAAAACGACAAUAGAUUCUAGGGCAGAAAGAUCGACAAAUUAAUCAUAUGAAUGAAAGCAGAAGUACUCCAUUUUAAGGAAAUUUAAAUGGAAAGUAAAACUUUAGUUUUGUUUCAAAUUAUAAAUUGGAAUAUUGAAUUGUUAUGUACUAUUUUUAGCGAUACUAACGAAUUCUCGAAUCUUGUUUUUCUGAUUAUUCGAAGCAAAUUCGAUAUUCGUGGUUUAAACCGUGCUAAAUGUCAUAUAUUGUUCAGUUGUGUAAUGUAAUACAAGGAAGAUUGAAAACCAUUUUUAUGUGAAGUUGAGAGGCGCUCGGUUCAUAGUGAACAAAAUUUCUUAUGAUGGAACCGACCUUGUCUUAGCAAUUCGUACGAUUAUACAAUACGAAUAUAAGGUAAUACAUAUUUCACUAUGUCCUAUAUUUCUAUCGGAAUAACGUUAAAAACGAAGAUAUAUAAUUCAUUGGGUAAGGAGUGUAUCGAAAAUAAGCUAUCCACAAAUUUUUCUCUCAAAUUAUGAUAAAAAACGAUAUUUUAUUCAAACUAAAAAUUGAUCCUUUAUUGUACCAGGUUAAACUUGAGAAUAAUGAAAACCGGAUGAAAUUUAAGUUAAUCCUUCACGAAUAAUCGAACUUUUAAUCGAACGCUCUUCAUCUAGUUCCGGACAAGUGUUGCAUCGCAUUUUUUGGACGCUUGAGUCCAAAUUUUUUUUGAACUCCUGCAUGUUCCCAGCUGCCUUGCCAGUCGUCUUGAAAAUUCUCUUCACGAUUGCCCAGUAACGUUCGAUGGGUCGAAGCUGAGGGCAAUUUGGUGGAUUAAUAUUUUUCUCAACGAAAUUUAUACCCUUUUCCGCAGGCCAAUUGAGAGUGGUUUUGGCAUAGUGAGCCGACACUAAAUCCGGCCAAAGCAGUGAAGGUGUACUAUGAUUCUUAUAUAAAGGCAGCAAUCUCUUCUGGAGACACUCAGAUCGAUAGAUUUCGGCAUUUAUAGUUCCAAUAGUGUAAAAAAUGGUUGACUUCAAACCACAGGAACAUAUUGCUUGCCAUGCCAGUACCUUUCGACCGAAGUUCUUCAUUUGAAUCGACCUGCCCGCAUCGCUCAUAUCCUCCCCAACGACGACAGUAAAGUAUUGUGGACCUGGAAGGGUUUUUGAGUCCUCCUUUUAUCGUCCAUCAAAAGGCAUGCAUCCGUACACUGCAAAAGACGCGAAGGCAAUUUCCGGGCCCUUGUUGCAGCUCGCUUCUUCUGUUCUACACUUUAUUUCGAAAUUUUCUGCUUCUUGUAGGUCUUCAGGUGAUUUCGCCUCUUGAUACGCUGGACUCUGGACCGACUCUCGUUCCUGAUUUUUUGGCCAAAUCACGUAUUGACAUUGAUUUGUUCUUCGUGAUUAGAGAUACCACUUUCUGGUCCAGUUUCGGGUUGGAAGAACCGGGUUUUCUGCCUCUUCCUGGUAGCUCAUCUAAAGAAUAGUGUUCCCAAACUUAUUAAUGAAGGUUUUAACACCGGCAUGAUGAAUUCCAAACUGCUUCGCCAAUUUUCGCAUAGUAAUACCCUUCUCACUUAGCCACGUGUCCAGAACCUUAAUUUUCACUUCCUUUUCAAUACGCGACAUUUUGAAAAUGCAGAAUUUUAACCGCACAAACAAGUAAACAAACGAAAGCUGACAGCCAAACGCACAGCAUGCUGUGAUCUGAGCAUAAAAACCAUCACAAAUACAUGCGUACAACAUAAAUAUAUGUGGAUAGCUUAUUUUCGAUACACUCCUUAUAUGAGGGCAUAUAAGGAAAGAAGAGCAUACGAUUAUAUUAAAUAUUGAUGAGAUAAUUAAAGGAUAUUCCAGUUUGAAUAGCCAGAAGUCACACGGAGCUAAAUCGAGCGAAUACGGUGGAUGCGGAACGAUAUUAGUUGAAUUUUUGGUGAAAAAAUCACAAAGAAUCAAUGCAGUAUGCGACGGUGCAUUAUUGUGGUGCAAAAACCAAGAGUUGUCGGCCCAUAAUUCUGAUCUCUUUUUUCCAAUAGCUUCGCGCAAAUGACGCAUAACACACAAAUAGUAUUCCUUGUUGACAGUUUGGCCGGUCGGAAGGAAUUCGGAGUGCUCGACACAUCGACAAUCAAAGAAAACUGUCAACAUUACCUUGAUUUUUUACAUCCUGGACGUGGUGCGUUCGCGACCCUCUUUGUACAACUUGUCCCAAUCAAAAACACUUGCUCGCUACAUACAAUUCUCACUGAAGGCCUUUUGCAACAUUCUGAACGUUUCGGCACCAGAAAUUUGAUUCCGCACACAAAAUUUAGUGGAACUUCUUUGUUCAAUAAUUUCAUUCAUUGUAAAAAUCGCCGAUUCCGCUUUUAUAUAAUACUUCAGAAAGA